AUGUCGAAAGACGGGAAGCACGAGAAGCACGGGAAGUACGGAAAGCACGAAAAGCCCGAAAACCACGAAAACCACGAGAAGCUGGAGAAGCACGAGAAGCUGGAGAAGCAUGAGAAGCACGAGAAGCAUGAUAAGCAAGAAAAGCAUGAUAAGCAAGAAAAGCAAGACAAGCAAGAAAAGCAAGAAAAGCAAGAAAAGCAAGAAAAGCAAGAACCUACUUACGAGGAUUAUCUCGAACGAAUCCACUAUAGCGACAAAUACAACGAUGAUGAAUGGGAAUACAGGCAUGUGAUUUUGCCCAAACCAAUGCUCAAACUUUUCCCAGAGUCCUAUUUCGAUCCUUCCGAACCCGGUGUUUUGCGCAUUUUAUCCGUAAAGGAAUGGAGAGAUAUUGGGAUCAACCAAUCAAUGGGUUGGGAACAUUACGAAGUCCAUGCUCCCGAACCUCACAUUUUACUUUUCAGAAGAGAGAAGGACUUUUCGGUCGAAGCAAAACAAGCAGAGAUCAAAGGCAACAGCAACAGCAACAGCAACGCACAGCAGGCGAAUGGGAAAAAGUAA